GACGCCGACAGUCCGCUGUUCACGCCGCCGGGCACGCCGCCGCCGCCCUACGGCGGCAGCACCAGCGACGUGGCCGCCGCCGCCGCCGACUGGGACCGCUGCGAGCACGAGGUGUCGGCGACGGACACGUCCGGCUCCAGUCCCAGCAUGCUGCCGCGCGUCAACCAGCCGUACAUCAUGUCGAUUGAGGACGACGAUCUCUCGGAGCAGGAGUGUGGCCAGGAGGACCACGGGCCGUUCAACAGUCUGAAUAAUCUGCUGCAUGAUCACGCUCACCUAGCCGUCUUUAUGAAUUAUGUGAUAUCGAACUGCGAUCCCUCCAGCCUCUUUUUCUACUUAAUCAGUGAUUUGUACAAAGAGGGCAACGCGAAAGAUAUGCGCCGGUGGGCGUAUGAGAUUCACUCCAGCUUCCUCGUGCCGGAUGCCGUGAUGCGGGUGAGUGGCAUCGAAGAGGGCUCCCUGCUGAAGAUAGACGAGAUCCUCCUACAUGACCUGGACAAAGAAGAGAAGCUGCGCACGAUAUUCCAGCGGGCGCGAGCGCGGGCGCGCGAAGACAUCAACGACCAGCUGGCGGACUUUCGCGGAAAGCGGACGGCCGGCCUGGGCGCCAUGUUCGGCCCGCGCGACUCGGAGCUGGACGAGGCGCGCCACGACAAGCUGAAGGAGGGCCGUAUCAUCGAGGACGUGCUGGUCAAGCUGCUGGAGACCGUGUACCAGUCGUCGGAGCUGGAGAACGCCACGGAGCAGACGCAGACCCAGGCGUCCAGUCUCACCACCAUCCUGCACAAACACUUCAACUACCGCAGCCCGUCCGUGCAGCAGAUCGUCGACAACUGCCCCAUGUUCGUCUCCAAGGAGCGCUCCUUCAAGUCAAAACUGCUCAACCGGCAUAAGAAGCCGCCGGCGAUCCGAGGCCACCAGUUCCAGCUGCACCAAUACUACAUCGUCACGGCGUGCAACGUGUGCGGCGACUCCAUCCGUGGCAUCAGUCCGCAGGGCUACCAGUGCGCUCACUGCGAAAUGAACAUACACAAGCUGUGCCUGCGGACGGUGGAGGAGCAGUGCGUGGGCGCCAACCCGCGCCGCGGCGGCGACAAGAUCAGCAAGCUCAUGGAGAAGAUCAUGCCCGAGCAGCGCAAGAAGAUGGCCGGCGGCAGCUUCAACCUCGGACAGAACGGGAUUUUCAUCAUUUUUCCGCCGGCCAGCCCGGCAGCCGGUAGUGCGGGCGACAGAUCGAAGCGGUCUCGGGACGAAUCACCCGACCAGGUGACGCCGGAGACGGACCCAGGCGCCUCCGGUGACCGAGCGGCGCCGGCCAGCGGCCGGGCCGACCAGCGCCGGCCCGACACCGUCACCGAGAAGGACGAGCGGCGCGACGAGACGCCGGAGCACGCCGACGUCGGCUCCACCAACAGCGGGCUGCCGCAGAUCGGGAAGAAGCCGUCCUCGUCGUCCAUCACGCGGUCCGAGAGCUACCGCGAUCACCGCGAACGCCAGGCCAGCCGGCGGCACACGCGAGAGAAGCGGAAACACAGCGACCCCAACAUACCCAGUUCCAAAGUCAGCGAUGUCGACCUCGACAGCCAGGGACUAUGCAACAACAACCACUCGGGCAGCUCGUCCAACUCCAGCCUCUCUGCCCGCCAGGAGAGUCCGUCGGCGUCACUGGACAGCGUGUCGGUGGGCGGCCGGGUGGCCGGCACGCUGGCCGAGGGCACGCCCGGCUGGGACUCGGACAUGGAGGUGGACGCCGACCCGCCCGACUGGCAGCGCUCCAUCGACGCCGAGGUGCGCCGCCACCUGCGGCCCAAGGAGAAACAGCGGCUCGACGUCGUCAACGAGCUGUUUCACACAGAGAGAACGCACGUUCGGAACCUGAAGGUGCUGGUUCACCUGUUCAACCGCCCGAUGAUCAACCUGAACAUCUUGCAGCCCAACGACAUCAAUCUGCUGUUCGGUAACCUCGAAGAAUUGUUGGAGAUUCAUUCAAGGUUCAACUCAGCAAUGAAAAAGCGACAAAAAGAGGAUCCCAUGAUGGAAAAAGUGGGCGAUAUCCUCAUCAGUAUGUUCGAAGGCGAGUCGGGCGAGAGCUUCAAGACGGCGGCGGCCGCCUUCUGCCGCUGCCAGUCGAUCGCGCUCGACAAGCUGAAGUCGCUGCAGAAGCGCGACCAGCGGCUGGCGGCGUUCCUGUCCGAGGCCGAGAGCGACCCGGUGUGCCGCCGGCUCCAGCUCAAGGACAUCCUGCCGACGGCCAUGCAGCGGCUCACCAAGUACCCGCUGCUGCUGACCAACCUGGCCAAGUACACGGUGCGCGGCUCCGAGGACCACGCGCUCGUGCUGCGCGCCUGCGAGAAGAGCAAGGCCAUCCUGGAGCACGUCAAUAAGGUGAAAGGCGAGACUGAGCGCCACGAGCGCCUCGUCGAGAUCCAGAACAAGCUCGAACAGAACGGCUUCACCCGGGUCGACAACCCCAUCGUCAACGAGUUCAACGGCCGACUUGAUCUCACCAAGUACCGGAUGAUCCACGAGGGCGCCGUGAUGUGGAAGUUCAGCAACAAGGGCAAGCACGUGGAGCUGCACAUGAUCCUGCUGGAGGAGUUCAUCGUGCUGCUGCAGAAGCAGGACGACAAGUACGUCCUCAAGUUCCACACCGUCACCGGCCGCGAGAUCAGCCCCAUCGUGAAGAACGAGAACAUCCUGGUCCGUCCGAUGGCCACAGAGAAACGCGCCUUCUUCAUCCUGCACAACCUGAACGUGGGACCGCAGAUCUACGAGCUGCUGUUCGGCAGCUCCAGCGAGCGCGACACGUGGUACCGGCUCAUCAAGGAGGCGGCCGACGCGUACCAGGGCCGUGACGGCAAGGGCCACAAGCGCACCGAGUCGGCGCACACGCUGCUGCAGGCGCAGGACUCGAGCGAGGCGCCGGCGGCGGCACCGCGCGACGACGAGCCGGCCGAGGCGGCGGCCGGCGGCGCCGAGGCGUCGCUC